CCACAGAAGAAAGAGGAUCAGCCAUCAGAAGCUAAAGCAAGUCCAAAAAAGUCAUCAGAACCCACUAUUGACCUAUUAGGACUUGAUGGUCCAACUGAAGCAUCAGUUACAAAUGGAGGCACUGCUGCUGUCACAGCGCUGAACGAUGACCUGGAUAUCUUCGGUCCAAUGAUCUCUAAUCCUUUACCAGCAGCUGCUGUACCUCCUGCUCAGAGCACUUCCACUAAACCAGCAGCUGCCACCUUGUCUGCAGCAUCCGGAGACCUUGAUCUGUUUACUGAGCAAACAACAAAAUCUGAAGAGUCAGCAAAGAAACAACUCUCCAAAGACUCCAUCUUAUCACUGUAUGGCACAGGAACCAUGCAGCAGCAAAAUGCUCCAGGUAUGUUCAUGGGGUCGUCUUCAAUGCCAUUCACCACACAACCAUCAACUCACUUUCAAGGCUUUCCAGCCAUGGGAGUUCCUGUGCCAGCAGCAACUGGGAUGAUGGGGAACAUGAUGGGACAGUCGGUGCCAGUCAUGGGACAGAGCACAGGUGUUAUGGUAGGAAUGGGAAUGCCCAAUGGAUUUACUGGUACUACACAAACUGGUGUGAUGGGACUUCCUCAGAAUGUCGUUGGACCUCAAGGUGGAAUGGUGGGACAGAUGGUCACACCACCACAAAACAAGUUUGGAUUGCAACAAAACCAACAAGCUCAAUGGAACCUCUCCCAGAUGAAUCAGCAAAUGGCUGGAAUGAACCUCAGCAGCUCCAGCAAUGUGAUGGGCUUUGGCCAGCCCCCCAGCACAGCAGCAGGAUGGACUGGAAGCUCCUCUGGCCAGACUCUCAGCACACAACUGUGGAAAUGAAAGUUGCAAUAGAAGUCUUGCCCAGAACAGCCACCUAACAUUCCUUGUUCAAACGCAUUUACUUUCGCUGUUCCUUCCAUGUACAUAUAUAUUCUUUUUCUUUUUCCCCAGCUGUUCAGAUUAAGAAUAUAACUGACUGACCGUGUUGUGGUCUAUAUUGAUUUAAAUUUGAUGUAGUAAAAAAGCAGAUCAAGGAUACAUUUCUACAUCAUUGGAAGCGUUUUCAUACAAUGCAUAUGAUUUCAUAGACCAUAUUAAGAAGCUGCUUAACCACAUACUGAUUUUUUUCCCUCGAAAUUCUAGAUCAAAUGUUUGCAUAUAAGGGAUGUAGCUAUCAUGUUAGUAAUAUCCAAAAAUAUGAACCCCCAACCCCCCCAAAAUUACCCAGUAAUCCUGUAGAAGGUACUGUAUGAACAAAUGUUUAAUCAUAUAUAAAUAGAAUGUAAAUGUAUCACUGAGCAAUGUUUUCUAGUGUAUCAAACAAAUUUUGUUUCAUCAUACAUUUCACUGUGAUGUUAUUAUGGUGUGCAUAACAGGGAAUGUGGUUAUUGAAAGCAAGAUAAACCUGGAUGUUACUGUAGUUCUACGAAUCAAUAGUUUAUUCUGUUAAAAAUGAGCAAUUGAUGCGUCUUGAGUUUCCUGUGCUGAAGUCUCUGAUCUGGCCCACGAGGCACACGCACAGUAUUAAUGCUGAGAACUAGCAGCACAAUAUGCAUACAAGGUAACUCAACAUGAACUGAUAUAUUUUUCCUUGCAGAGAGAUCCAGGUUUAUGACAGUGAUUGUGUUUACAUUUUAUGGUGCCUCGUAAUGAUAAAAUGUUAUUUCCCUAUAUUAAAAGGAUAAAUCCGUAAA